CAUCAAUGUGAUCUAUGUCACCAGAGAUGACGUGUCGAGGUCGACACAUGAAUUUCCAGUUAUGAUAUCUUCGGCAUUCUACAUCGCAAUAUGAUCAUCAUCAUCUCAACCUUCUGCCACACUGCAUGCAGGUUCCCAAUAAACUUCAAAGUUCCCACCUCUCUCCUCAACAUUGUAGACAAACUAAUGUUCUACUCGGUCGUCCGAAUAUAGAAGAGCUAGAAGUAGAGCAAGUAGAUCUUCUUAGUUUGUUGUCAAGAAAGAGUUUGAUAUCCACAUAAUACGUGUAUAAUUUGUAAGUACUCUGUUCUCGUCUUCAACAUAUCCUCUCUGUCUCUCCUCGUGGAAAUUGAGAAGUGAUACAUGGGUGCGCUUCAUAUCUUUUCGCCGCUCAUCAUAUUCUGAUCAAGAAUUGACUUGUAUUUGUUUUGUCUUGCAGUGUCAAUUUGAUCAUUUGAUUUCUGAUGACACAAAAUGAACUAUUCCUCGUGGUGGCCUCUUGAUUUGCGUGCAUUGUGGUAAUCCUUUGAAUUUCUUUGCUGUGAGGAGAGGAACGACGACUGUCCUCCUGCUCGUCCUGCCGAGGUAGAAUUAAGGCUGUAUCUAAUCCAUCUUUGGAAGCAUCUCCGAGACGUAUGGGGGAGUAUCGCAAGAGAAUACUCCCCCACACUUUUCAAAGACGCACUUGGGAGAUGAAUCACGGACAGUUCUAAUAGAAAGCUUUCCUGUAGUACGACGACGUCAUCUCAGUAUUGUGCCAGCUGUUGCAAACUCCCCUCAUCUUCGACGACCCCGUUUGCCGACUAGUACAGCCGUUUCGGUUUCAAGAACAACAAGAUGGGGGUCAGUUUGCAAGAGAGUAAGACGACCUCCCUGAGGGAGAUGUGCCGGCGGAGGAUCGUGGAUGGCAUGAUAAAACAAGUGAACGGCAAUAACCCGCUGCUUUUCGUCGCACUAGUUUGCGACAACACGACGUUGCAUCUGGUUUCAUCUGUGCUCAGCAGUGCAGAUCUUGUCGCAAACCGAGUCGCGGUCGUAGACGUACUUUGAUAAACAUAAAUAUAUAAAAACUCUGAAUAUGCCGAAUUUUACAAGAGCUACUGAUCUAGGAGCACACACUAUCUUCUCCUUGGGGGCUAAAUAUGAUCCUCUAUGAUCAUCAAACUUUCUUUUUAGCGUCCCCACAUCAACAACAACAUCAACCACUUUUAGCCCUGCCCUUUGAACCCUGCACUCGUCUCUACAUCAACAACAACAAGAACAACAACAACAACAACUUCAGAAACUGGAGAAGAAUCGGGAGCCGUUGAUGAAUAUGGAUGCGAUCUACUUCCUUUGUCCGACUGCCGCGAACAUCCAGAAGCUGACCGAAGAUUUCCCCGAUUUGAGCAAAUUCAAGCCCAAGUACCGAAAACAGCACGUCUUCUUGAACUCCACCUGUCCCGACGACGUGAUGGCAAUUCUCACUCCCCGGAAAGACAUGGUGAAAGCGAUGUCUUCCUUCGUAGAAUUGAACCUGGAUUUUGUUUCAAGGGACGACCGCGUCUUCCACUUCAACUCGCCAACGGCGACAAUGCUCAGCCUUUUUCCAAAGCGAAUCGAUCAAGCGAUAGAAGAAAACGUCACGAAACUGGUAACAUUUAGUUUCUUGUUUUUUUCAUAUAAAUUUUUUUAGAAUUAUAAGAGACCACGAUGACCUACAUUCCUUCCACCUUUUUCUUUUCCUAGUUAGUUUGGCUCCACCCGUGAUUUAUUAUAAGUAUGUCGAAUUAUAAGAGACGAGUCCUCUGGCUCUGUUCUCUGCCUCAGCCUGAUUGUUACCAUUUCAUCUAAUAGGACUCAUGGCGGACGCCUAGGAAAGAGUUCCUCAUCACCUAUUUUCAAAUAUUACAGGUACGUUCUACGAACUGAUGAAUUGCAAUUUCUACAACAUCUUUUGUUUUAAACUAGAUCUGCUUUCGGUCGUGCUGUCGCUAUCAUCUUCCUCUGCUUAAUAACUCUUUUUUCACUCCAUUCACUUCAAGAACUAGGGGUUGGGGUUGGUGGUUUCUCUUCAUUGUUGUAGAUUCACUUCUCAAUUCGAACAAAUUUACCGCACAGUUAUCCGUCUGCGCUUGCAUGCACGACAAACCGAUUAUUCGGUUUCAGAAGGAUAGCAUCGAUAGCUAUUGCAGUCUCUUCGCAACGGCGCUUAGUAAGAAGGUAGACGAGUACUGGGCGCAGUCCGAUAAGCCGCCAAAUGUCCAGCCAUGUAUUCACAUAUAUUUUAUCUUUAGACUGAUGCGCUUCAGCCAAGUUCAAAGCUUAUUUAUUUCAUAUUGAUGAAGUAUUUUGCUUUGAAAUUGAAUUCUUGAAACGUAGUUCUGCUCGUGGUGUUUAAAGAUGCUGGGACGCUUCAUUAUCAUUGAUACAGGAGUGUUUGGAAUUGGAUCUUUCUUUGUCCCAGAACACCUUCGUACAACUUCUACAUGGCAGGUGUCUGUCUGAUAGUAGACCGUAGCAUUGACGCUAUAGCUCCGUUUAUCCACGAUUUCGGUUAUGAGGCGCUCUGUAUGGAUUUGCUCGGCGGCAUGGAUGAUCCAAAAAAGGAAAUCAACACUAGAAACGAUACGUUUAGCUACGAUACGGUGACCGAAGAUGGGUCCAACUUGCACAAAUCUAUUGUGCUGAAUGUUAAGGCUAGUUUAUCACUAUCCCAUGACCAGCAUGUAGUUGGAGCAGUAUCUAUACGAUACUAGUAAGUGGAGUCCCUCAUCAUGUUGUUUCAAAGGGGAAACGACCAAGAGGGAUGAAACAGUGGAACUCAAUCGACCAGGGGUAGUGAAAAAUUACCUCUAAGAAUGACGACCUUUGGCGAGGUCUCAGGCACAAGAGCAUGCUGCAAGCAAAAGACAUCGUGAUGAUGCAGAUGGUAGACCUCAAAGAAAACAACGACAUCGCAAAAUUCAUGCAGGCGGAAGAAGAUGGUAAACAAUAACAAAGCGCUUAAGUAUAUUUUUUUUCACUCACUCUCACAUAAUGAAACCACCUGGUCCUCUGCUGUUGUUCAUGAUCAACAUUGUUGUUGAUGUUUUACUUUUGUUGUAACGAACAGUCGUGUCUCUGCGACCUGUAGCAUUUUGCUUUCGAUUCAUUAGGCGGCCAGGAGCGUCUUUCUAUUCAACUGAGUGCUUGUCUUCUUUAAUGUCUCACACUACUUCUUACAUUUUUAUUUUUCUGCUCCGGCAAAAGAACCAAAUAUUAUAUCUCCUCCACUACCACUGCAUCACAGGUAUUGAACAGGAGGCGACAGCAAAGAUAUUACGACAGCUUCCAGCGUACCAGGAGAAAGUCGGGAAAUAUGGGUCGCAGUUAACUCUGAUCACGAGGACCAUGAAGCUGAUCCAAGAACUGGGGUUGAACAAGAUAGGUCGCUUAGAGCAGGACAUCGCGUGCGCGAUCAUGAACACCGGAGAACCAGUCAACGUCCAGAACCUAAUGGUGACGCUUGCCCAGACCUUGAUGGACACGAAAGUGCCCUCAAUGUUGAAGAUGCGGCUGCUAUUGGUAUACGUGCUCAACAUGCGAGGCGUUAGUCCGGCACACAGAGAAAAGAUGCUUUCCACCGCAGGAUUCAACGGCGCGCACCGACACGUCUUCCAGUCAAUACUCUCUUCCGGUCUAGUAGAUGGUACUAGUACUACUUACGUGUUAUUGUUAAAAAAUCUUCAUGUUCUUGAACUUGAUCACUGUAUCACAUCAACUUAAUACUAGUUCUAUUCUGGAUUCAAGACUCAGUACUAGAAAUUCUUUUUCAACACCCUCAAUACAAAUUUUGUUCAACAGACCUGGAGGACCCUCCAAAGCUGCAGAUUCACGAGACACGAACGCCAGUGGAAGAGCAGCUGUGCUACUCGGAGAUGAUCCAGCACGACCGAAAGCAGGGCCUGAAUCCUACGAAGGCUUUUAAACACGAACUGUUCCGGUUUCAGCCUCGCAUCCGAAUGCUCGCGCAGCGGAUCUGCACCAACACGCUGGACAAUAAUGCGUUUCCGUUCGUGAAGUCCGACGAGCAGCACAACAGUCCGCUUAUCAGUCUGGGACGUCAGAACGGAAAGCGACCGCGCGUUUUGAUAUACUUCAUUGGCGGCGUGACCUACAGCGAAACGAGAUCCGUCUUCGAUCUGAGCGCAAAAUACAACGCGGACAUCUUCAUGGGCUCGGAACACAUUAUCAACCCCUCAAAUGUCAUGGAGGAGGCGCUCGCGAGAGCACGAAAAUAA